AUGGAGACUCUCGUUAAACUCAAGAAUAACCCGUUUCUGAUGGGCCUGUGUCGCAACGGACCCCCGCCUGACCUGCAGUACGACAACUCUUCAGAGUUGUUCCGCAUCUCCACCUUCGCCCGCUUCCCGUCGUCAGCAGUGACUGAGCGCAGCCUGGCGCGCGCUGGCUGGUUCUAUACGGGCACGGGAGACCGCGUGCAGUGCUUCCGCUGCAACGUGACGGCCGAGGGCUGGCUGGCGGGCGACUGCCCCACAGAGAAGCACCGCCAACUGUCGCCAUCGUGCCCCUUCGUGCAGACCCUUCCAUCCGCCACCAACCUGCUGUCGUCCUCCCAUUCGGCUUUUUCGCCGCUCCGCGUGGCCCCCACCAUCCCGCUUCCCGGUCCGGGGCCGACGGCCGCAAACCCCACGAGUGAAGAGCCGGCGGGCUACCUGACGACGGGCUUCCCCGGGCCGCCACCUCCCUCCAGCCCGCUGAGUUCCCGCGGCGUGGAGGACAUGUCCCACCAGCGGCCCACCUGCCACAACCCGGCCAUGCGGCGCGAGCAGGACCGCCUCGACUCCUUUCACGGGUGGUCGCUGUCCAUCAUCACGCCCGCCGAGCUGGCCAAGGCCGGCUUCUACUACCUGGGGAUCGGCGACCACGUGGCCUGCUUCAGUUGCGCCGGGCAGUUGAGCAAUUGGGAGCCGGGAGACCGCGCGGCAUCAGAACACCAACGCCACUACCCCAAUUGCCGCCUAGUGCGGGGCGACCGUACCGACAACGUGUCUCUACCUGGAGCGGCGCCCGCCCCAUCUUCCUCACAGCCGGCGUCAUCCGCCGCCCUCAGCAACGUGUCCAACCCGUCCAUGAGGGACAAUGAUGAGCGACUGCUCACAUUUGUCAUCUGGCCCACGCGCAUCCCCGUCAGGCCCGAGCAGCUUGCCAAGGCCGGCUUUUACUACGUCGGUCGCAACGAUGACGUCAAGUGCUUCUGCUGCGACGGAGGCUUGCGCUGCUGGGAGUCGGGAGACGAUCCCUGGGUUGAACACGCCAAAUGGUUUCCACGGUGUGAGUAUUUGUUGCAAGAAAAAGGUCAAGAAUUUGUGCACCAGAUUCAGGCGCGCUUUCCUCGACUCUUUGAGCAGCUCUUGACAAAUGGGGACAGCACCUCCAGAGAGUUUGUGGAUCCGCCUGUGUUGCACCUGGGUCCAGGCGACGAACGUUGCGAGGACGCCGUGAUGAUGAACACGCCGGUCAUCAAGUCGGCCCUGGAGAUGGGCUUUGAUCGCAGCUUGGUCAAGCAGACGGUACAGAGCAAGAUCCUCGGCAGCGGCGAAAACUACCGCACCGUCCAGGAACUGGUCUCGGACCUGCUCAGCGCCGAGGACCAGAAGAGGGAGGAGGAGCGAGAGAUGGUGGCCGAGGCCAUGGCGUCAGACGGAUUCACAUUUGUUAAGCGACACCAGGCGGCUCUGGUGCAGCGGCUGAAGAGUGUCGAGCCCGUUUUGGAACAUCUCAGGGAACAAAAUGUGCUAAGCGCUGAGGAGUACAGCAGCCUGCAGGCGCAGACGUCCGCACAACAGCAAACGGCGCGUCUGAUCGAGCUCGUCCUCACAAAAGGCAACGCGGCCGCAGAAGUUUUCCGCAACUGGAUCCAAAAGAACGACGUGCAUCUGCUGAGAGAGCUCAUGGCUCAGUCGAAUGAAGCGGCAUCCCCCAGCCAGGACUUGACCGGUCUCCCCAUGGAAGAGCAGCUACGGCGUCUUCAGGAGGAGCGAACAUGUAAAGUAUGCAUGGACAAGGAGGUCAACAUCGUAUUCAUCCCGUGUGGCCACCUGGUGGUGUGUAAAGAGUGCGCGCCAUCGCUGCGCAAGUGUCCCAUCUGCCGAGGUCUGGUCAAAGGCACCGUGCGCACCUUCCUCUCAUAA